CAACACUACAUGCAAGUCUUGAAUCAACAUCAAUUGCUGAUCCUACUUGAACCAGGUGAUAAGAGAUGAAAAGUCCAGACCAUGUGGUCAAGUAUUCGCGACGGGGGAAUUACUCACCCUAUUAGACUACUAUCAGUCAUGGGCACCCCAGGGUAUAAGUACGACAGGACGAGCCACUUUGCCUUGGAUUGACAAGUAGGCAUCAGAACCAGUUUCCCACUACAUUCUUAAAAUCCUGCCUUCAAGUUUUUCAGCAUGUCUACGUAUCUCAUCACCGGCGUAUCGCGAGGCAUUGGUUUUGCAUUUCUCCGCCACAUCUCUGCAGACCCAAAUAAUACUGUUAUCGGGCUUGUUCGUGAUAAAACUACGACCGAAAAGAAGGUCCGCGAGGAAUUGGACCGGCCCAAUAUUCACAUUAUCCAGGCUGAUCUCACAGACCUCGACUCAUUGAAGAAAUCUGUGGAUCAAGUCUCUCCUCUUGUCAACGGAUCCAUUGACUAUCUAAUCGCCAACGCGGGAUAUAUGUCCCUUUGGUCCGCUUAUCAUCCUCUAAGCAGUUUGGGCAAUGAUCCUGAAAGACUAGAAGAGGACAUACUUGAAUGCUUCCGUACCAAUGUCGUAGGGAAUGUCCACCUGUUCAACCUCUACAUGCCACUCAUUUUGAAGGGCCACGUCAAGAAAGUCAUUGCUAUUACGUCAGGAUUCGCAGAUGACGACCUUACGACGACAUAUGCAAUCGACGUCGCCGGUCCAUACUCUAUCAGCAAGGCUGCCAUGAACACCGCCGUGGCAAAGUUCAGCGCGGAGUAUGCGGAAAGGGGUGUUUUGUUCAUGGGCAUCGCUCCGGGUGCCGUCGAAGUCGGACAGGACAAGGAUUUGACCGAAGAGCAGAUAAAGAUUGCCAUGGCUUUAGGAGAGAAAUUCGCUCGCUAUGCCCCUCAUUUCCGCGGCCGUACGACACCAGAAGAGUCCGUCAAAGACAUGAUGUCCGUUAUCAAUGCAGCGAGCCUUGAAUCGGGACACGGAGGCUGUUUUAUUUCACAGCAUGGAAACAAGAAGUGGCUGUAAAUGGACAAGCAGUCAUUGUAUCUGGGAAAUUUUACCCUGAGCAUAUCUAAGACUGCAAGUGAUAAUAUAUAUCAAUAACAUCCUGUUAUAUCGCGUACAAACAUAUUUUAUCUAGCAGUUCAUUGGAG